UAAUUUUGUUUCUCUUUCAGCUCCUGAGAUUCUUCAGUUUAAUCCAAUUAGCUUAGCAACUGAUAUGUGGAGUUUGGGAAUUUUAACUUACGUCCUUUUGUCUGGCCAUACUCCUUUUGGCGGGGAAACGAAACAGGAGACAUUUUGUAACAUAACAAGCAGCCCUUUGGAAUUUCCAGACCAGAUGUUUCUAGAAGUUUCCAACCAUGCCAAAGAGUUCAUAAGGAGACUACUGGUUCGAAAUCCAAGAGAGAGAAUGUCCUCAGUGGAGUGCUUCCAACAUCCUUGGGUUUACACCAAAUCCAAAGAAAUUCAAGAGUCAACUUUUACCUCGAGUGUUGAAAAAAUGGGAGGAGAUUCGGUGCAUGACUUGAACAUGAAUUACACGGCUAAAUUGUCGUCACCUGUAUUCACUCAACAAGAUCUUCAUCAAACUUAAAUAUCUCAUUGAAAGCAACAGAAGAAGAAUUAGUUUAAGAAACAUCAGUUGUACCACAAAACGAAACCCACCAAUUCUUAGUAGUGAAAACAGAAAAUAAAAGACAAAUAGAAACAAAAA